CCUUACACACCACCCCCCUCUCCUUUUAGCAGCCACAUACAAGUCGGCCAUAUUAGAGAGAUGGAAAUAAAGCUUCCUUAAUGUUGUACAUGUCUUUGAAGUACAUCCGUGCAUUUUCUUUUCUAGCAUCUAACCAUCCCUCCCUUCUGGUCCUUGGUCCCUCAAUCACCCUCUCCCAUAGUCCACCCGCCUAACAUCACAGUCUCUGAAAAUGCACAGGGAUGCCUGGCUACCUCGCCCUGCCUUCAGUCUCACGGGGCUCAGUCUGUUUUUCACUUUGGUUCCCCCAGGGCGGAGCAUGGAAGUCACGGUCCCCACCUCUCUCAGUGUCCUCAAUGGCUCUGAUACCCGCCUGCCCUGUACCUUCAACUCCUGCUACACCGUGAACCACAAGCAGUUCUCUCUAAACUGGACUUACCAGGAGUGUAGCAAUUGCUCGGAGGAGAUGUUCCUCCAGUUCCGAAUGAAGAUCAUUAACCUGAAGCUGGAGCGGUUUGGAGACCGUGUAGAGUUCUCAGGGAACCCAAGUAAGUAUGAUGUGUCAGUGACGCUAAAAAAUGUGCAGCUGGAAGAUGAAGGUAUCUACAAUUGCUACAUCACCAACCCACCAGACCGCCACCGUGGCCAUGGCAAGAUCUACCUGCAGGUCCUUCUGGAAGUGCCCCCAGAGCGGGACUCCACGGUGGCAGUCAUCGUGGGUGCCUCGGUGGGGGGCUUCCUGGCUGUGGUCAUCUUGGUGCUGAUGGUGGUCAAGUGUGUGAGGAGGAAAAAAGAGCAGAAGCUGAACACAGAUGACUUGAAGACGGAGGAGGAGGGCAAGACGGAUGGCGAGGGCAACGUAGAAGACAGUGCCAAGUAAUCGGCAGCCCACCCUGGAGCCCCUCCCCAUGUCCUGUUCCUCUCACUCCCCUGUACAGUGUGACCCUGCCUGCUCUCUCUUGGUGUGCUUCUCUCUAAUGGGACCCCAGGAUCGACCUGGGGCCUCACUUCCCAUCCCCUACCCCCCCCCCCCCAUACCAAAGGUGACCUCCCUCCCUUCCAUCUGGAAACUGCCUUGGUAUCUGAGAUACGCCAGCCCUGGGGAGAGCAGAGCGGGGCUCUAGCCUGUCGAUCUUUGAGGAAGAAAGACCCUGUGUGCGGUCCCAAAGACAGGAUGGGGGAGGGAGAGCAGUGGGAGAAGAGGUUGGCUGCCCAUCUUGUCUAGGGUUUGGUCUGGUGGUGGUUUAAACUGUUGGGGUAGCAGUAUGUGUAUGUGUGUAUGGGGGGGGGUGUCCUGUGCUGACCACAGGCACUGUGGGAAGGACUCGUGGUGGCUUUGCUGUGUUCCUCUGGCUACUCCCAGCACAGAACAGCCAUCAGGCUGGGGAUGAAGGUAGGGUCCUACUAUUUGUGGGGGCAUUUUUUAAAAGGAAUGACUGUGCAUUUUGAGAACAGUCAAGGAAAGCUGGAGGGAGAGACAUUCCUGGACACAAGCCUUGGCCCAGAGAACUCUGUUCUGGCCUCAUUUCUAUCACUGCUCCCAGGGAGGCUCGGGUUCGCCCUUGACUACUGCUCUUGUGGGGAUGCUGGCAGCAGCAGGGCUGAAAAGCAGCAUCAGGAAGGAUCAUAUCCCACCCUAGGAACCCCCCAGCAGAAGACCUGUGUCAGAGUCUGUUAGGGGAUCGAGGGGUGCUGGCCUCACUGCAAACACGUUUAGCUGCCUUCUCCAACAAGAUGAUCACCUUGGUCUCAGCAGGUAGCAGCCAAGGCUCAGAAUUGUGUGUGUGUGUGUGUGUGUGUGUGUGUGUGUGUGUGUGAUUGCAAACAUGAUUAGCUGCCUUCUCCAACAAGAUGAUCACCUUGGUCGCAGCAGGUAGCAGCCAAGGCUCAGAAUUGUGUGUGUGUGUGUGUGUGUGUGUGUGUGUGUGUGUGUGUGAUUGCAAACAUGAUUAGCUGCCUUCUCCAACAAGAUGAUCACUUUGGUCUCAGCAAGCAGCAGCCAAGGCUCAGAACUGUGUGUGUGUGUAUGUGUGUGUGUGUGUGUGUGUGUGUGUGUGUGUGUGUGUGUGUGUAGGGCGACUUCCUGCAGGGUUUCAUUUGGGGGUUUCUAGUUGCCCUUGGCAGGGUUUCCAUCUGGCUGUUGGCACGAAGGAAGAGAAGGCUGGAGGGGAAAUGAGAGGACAUGGGUAGAGCCUCUGAGUCCUGCCCCAGAACUCCCCUUGCAGGGGACAAAGUCACUCUUGGGAAGCCAACUUUCACUGCCAUUUUCCUAUCAUUAUAAGGAACUUGUUUAAGUCUAGAGCCGGGGAGAAAGGCAGGGUAGAAACUGCUAAUCAAAGAGCAUGGUGUUGGGAGAUGCUCAGAGGAGAACUAGCCCAGAGCCUCCUGCAGAUGGGGAGACUAAAGUGACCGACAGGAGCUGAGGGUCUCCCCCAAUUCUGGCUCCUUGGUCCCCAGUUAGAAUAAAUAGAGCUUCCUGGUGGGAGAACCUCAAGUCUAGAAGGUAUUUGUGUGUGGUGGUGGUGGGGUUCAUCUAGCCCUGCUCCCCUCCCAAGAACUCAGCCCCUAUAAACUCAGGGAGUUAGCUGUCCAGGGUAGGGAAUGAGGGUGGUGGAGACAGGACCAUGACAGUCUCAGGGACCAAUCCUUGCCUCUGCUUAACUAGAAGAGACACUGAUACCAGAUGGGAGGUUCAGCUUAAUUCACUUCCAUUCAACAACCAUUUAUUGAGCGUCUGCUCUAUGCCAGGCACUGUGCUGGGUGCCAGGGGCGCAUAUAAAGCCAUAAUAGAGUCAGGGACUGCCGGCCAGAUCUGCACUGUAGGACCAAGGUUAAUUUUCUGGUGCAUCUACUUCCACCUCUGUAGCCACUGCUUCCACAAGAGAGUCAGGGGAGAAGGAAGAGGCUCUUGAGUCCGGGGCUUGGGAAAGUAAGAUUGCAAGGGUAGAGCAAGGUGCCACUGGGAGGGGCCAAGUAGGUUGAGCAUGGAGUAGGGGUGGGUAAGCAGAACUCUUGGCAAGGUGAAUCUAACCCUUCUGGAAGUUCUGAACUCUUUGGCUCAGUACCUAACUGCCAAUCAACACACUGCCAAUGGGAGUGGGCUAAGCCACCAGGAUGCCUGGGGCAGGUGGACACUGCCUAUCCUUCAAGCCAGUCUCCUAGGAGUGGAGAGAUGAGUGAUGGGCACCUCAAACCAGUGGAAACCAAAGGCGGCGGCGAUACAUACUUCGGCAGCUUGGAGUAGUCAGUUCUCGACGCCUUGCACGUGCCCCCUUCUUUCAGGGUGCACGGACAUGGGACUUGGCUCACACUAGGUCUCAUAGCAUUUGGGUGGCUACUCGUGAGAUUUCCCCAAGGGUUGUUCUAAGAAGGUCUGUCUCUUUAAGAAGCUGGAGUCUCUUGGGGUCUUUUUCUUUUCUGCCCGGACAGAGUGGGGUCCAGGAAAGCGAUGCCCGUCUCUGGACCCUACAGGCUGGGUCAGGGGCCAUUUCUGCCCCAGGUGCUUGCCCUCACACUCACUUUCUCCUGGAGCUGCUUCGGACCCUCCUCUAUGACCUCUGGGCUGUGAGGUUGGGAACCAAACCAGGCUUCCGUGAGGUGAGGUGGGAAACUGUGAGGUAUUUCUACAGGAGCCAUUGCUCAGCCUUGCUUCCUAGCCUAUGUCAGCAAACUGCUCUCUUGCUGCAGUGUGGGCUCUGGGCCCCACUUCUGGCUGCAUGCUUCUCCCAUCACUGUGCUCCCAACCACUCCUGCCCUCCCAGAACCCCCGCCGCACAUCCCAUCUGCCUCUUCCUCCUAAUUAAGGGCCACUACAAAGAAAGACGGACUGGCUAACCCAUGGGAUUUAGCUUAUGAGAACAAAGCACAAAUUUUCAGGACUGGAAAUGCCUUGAGGUGCCUUGGAACUGGCUUUGGAAAUAGCUCUCUGUCCCUCCAGCAAUGAACUUGUCAGUUAUUUCCAGUUUAUAAAAAGGAAAAGCUGAUUGGGUCCGCAUUUGCCUGGGAAUCUCCUUGGGAAAGUUGGGCUACUAAAUAUUCACAGGAUCAGGUUAAGAUGGCAGACAGGUGGAACUACUGGCCAGGUCCAAAGAAGUUAGUCCCAGGUCCUAGGAAUAUGGCUUGGUGCAGUUAGAACGGGUUUCUUCCUUCAUAUGUCUUAAGGAUAGAUGGCCUUGCUGUGCCUCUUGCUAAUGUCUUCCUUUACUGAAGCUUGCUGAUGUGAUUGUACAUAGCCUUUCUAUAGAGGUAUAGAUAUAUUAUAUAUGCAUAUAUAAAACAUCUCACUAUGCCCACCCCAAAAGUUACAUUGUUGGGGGGAGGAUAUAAUCAUGUCUCAGUGUUUCCGAGUAGAUUCACCAAAGGUUCUUUAUGGAACUUUCUUUAUGCUUUUUUGGGAGAACCCAACUGCAUAGCAAACAUUUAUGCAUGUCUAGGUUCUCCCUGCUGUUUGAGGGUUGGAAGGGGAGAGAAGCUGUAUACAAAUGGUCUUCUGAGACCCGACUGCUGGGAGCAGGCUGAGUUUCUUUAGCAGUUUGUCUGGUUGCUUGGAUUUGUUGGCUGCAAUAAACACACUGUCUCUCCUGAA